ACAUUGUUACCCAGGUUGGAGUGAAGUGGCAUAAUCAUAGCUCACUGCCAGGCUGGUCUUAAACUCCUAGGCUCAAGCAAUCCUCCUGCCUCAGCCUCCCAAAGUGCUGGGAUUACUGGCGUGAGUCACUGGCCCAACAGAGAUACAGCUAGGCAGUUGGGGGGACAGGCCGUUGAGUUGCGAGUUUAUCUCUUGAGUUGCGCCUCGCUCGGGCUCCUGUACGCGAGCACCCGGGACGCGCCGGGCCUCCGGGCACCUCUCGCGCUGUGGGCGCCCCCGCAGGGGCCCCCCAGGCCCGGCCUGCCAGACCUCGCCCCUGAGCCCCGCUACGCACACAUCCGGGUCAGGAUCAAGGAGCAAGUCGUGGGACUGCUGGCCCAGAACAACUGCAGCUGUGUGUCCAGUGGGAGGGGCCUCUCCCUCCCCUUCCAGAGACAGGUACGAGCCAUUGACCUCACCAAGGCCUUUGACCCUGAGGAGCUGAGGGCUGCCUCUGCCACAAGGGAGCAAGAGUUCCAGGCCUUCCUGUCAAGGAGCCAGUCCCCGGCUGACCAGCUGCUCAUUGCCCCUGCCAACUCCCCCCUACAGUACCCCCUGCAGGGCGUGGAGGUUCAGCCUCUCAGGAGCAUCUUAGUGCCAGGGCUGAGCCUGCAGGCAGCUUCUGGUCAGGAGGUAUACCAGGUGAACCUGACAGCCUCCCUGGGCACCUGGGAUGUGGCAGGGGAAGUGACUGGAGUGACUCUCACUGGAGAGGGGCAGCCAGAUCUCACCCUUGUCAGCCCAGAGCUGGACCAACUCAACCGGCAACUGCAACUGGUCACUUACAGCAGCCGAAGCUACCAGGCUAACACAGCAGACACAGUCCGGUUCUCCACCGAGGGACAUGAAGCUGCCUUCACCAUCCACAUAAGACACCCCGCCAACCCUCGGCUGUACCCGCCUGGGUCGCUACCCCAGGGAGGUGAGGCUGCCCAGUACAACAUCAGCGCCCUGGUCACUAUUGCCACUAAGACCUUCCUCCGUUAUGAUCGGCUGCGGGCUCUCAUCGCUAGUAUCCGUCGCUUCUACCCCACGGUCACCGUGGUCAUCGCCGAUGACAGCGAUAAGCCAGAGCACGUCAGCGGCCCCCACGUGGAGCACUAUCUCAUGCCCUUCGGCAAGGGCUGGUUCGCAGGCCGGAACCUGGCCGUGUCCCAAGUAACCACCAAGUACGUGCUGUGGGUUGACGACGACUUUAUCUUCACUGCGCGGACGCGCCUGGAGAGGCUCGUGGACGUGCUGGAGCGGUCGCCGCUGGACCUGGUGGGGGGCGCGGUGCGCGAGAUCUCCGGCUUCGCCACCACGUACAGGCAGCUGCUGAGCGUGGAGCCCGGCGCCCCGGGCCUGGGGAACUGCCUCCGGCAACGGCGCGGCUUCCACCACGAGCUCGUCGGCUUCCCGGGCUGCGUGGUCACCGACGGCGUGGUCAACUUCUUCCUGGCGCGGACCGACAAAGUGCGCGAGGUGGGCUUCGACCCGCGCCUCAGCCGCGUGGCGCAUCUGGAAUUCUUCCUGGAUGGUCUUGGUUCCCUUCGGGUUGGCUCCUGCUCGGACGUCGUGGUGGAUCACGCAUCCAAACUGAAGCUGCCUUGGACAUCCAAGGAUGCCGCCGCUGAGACUUACGCCCGGUAUCGUUACCCAGGAUCACUGGAUGAGAGUCAGAUGGCCAAACACCGCCUGCUCUUCUUCAAACACCGGCUGCAGUGCAUGACCGCAGAGUGACAUCCGCUGGGACUUCCUGUCAGGCUGGGCCUGUCUCCUUGUCCCUGCGCGGAACUUCCAACAAACCCCACGGCAAAGUGAACCCUCCACUGAUGUCCCCAGGCUCCUAGUUCCUCACCCCUCCCUUUCAGAACCUGAUCCUGAACAGGGGCUUGUCCUGGCGACACCCCUCCUUUUGCGAGUGCCCAGAGGCCUGAUGGAGCCAUAACCUCACCCACAGCCAGUGCCAAGUCCUCCCCUCACCCCAUUUUCAUGGGGUAAGAAAUGGGGGGGUCACUCUCCAAGUGCCAAAGAGCCCGGGGGACUCCAAGAUCCUAAGUGGAAACUCUUUCUCAUCUUCUUGGGACUGAGGGGGUGGGGAAGUUCCCCAACACAUCAUCCCAGGACUGUGCCCCCACCCCGUCUCUGGACCCAGGACUGUGCACGGGCUCCAGCCCACCCCCACCUCCACGGAGAGAACCUAUGACUCUGGAGCUGGGAUGGGGGCUGGUGAACACAUGGUGAAAACCAUUUUCAUUUGUGUCUCUGCAAUGCUGUGGGUACGGAGGAAGGGGCGCCGGGGGCACCUAGACUCACUCUAAGGAUCCCAGAGGCUGUCAGUUUCA